AAUAAAUAAUCUGUCUGCUGGCCGAUGGCUGGCCGUUUAUAAAAAGUUGCAAAUGUAGUAUAGAUUCAUUGUGUUUUAAUUAUUAUAAUAAGAAUUGGCGUAAUUAAUUGUUAUAUAUGCUGCUCAAUUAGCCGACCAGAGCACAUUAUUGUGUUCGGAUACUAAAACUAGUAGCAAUGGACGUCGAUACAGGAGGCCGGCGCUCCCGCUCCCACAGCCGCAGCCCCUCUGCGGGAUCAGUUUCCAAGAUGUCACAAGAUGGUUCCACACAUUCAAGACGGAACUCAAGAUCGGCAUCGCGUUCUAAAUCUCGUUCACGCUCAAGAUCCAAGUCCAGAUCACGGUCGCACUCAAAGUCAAGAUCGCGCUCCAAAUCUCGGUCACGUUCCAAAUCACAGUCUCGUUCUAAGUCGCGAUCACGUUCCAAAUCACGAUCCCGCUCCAAGUCGCAGUCCCGCUCCAAGUCACGGUCCCGCUCCAAGUCACGAUCCCGCUCCAAGUCACGAUCUCGCUCCAAGUCGCGGUCACACUCAAGGUCACGGUCCCGCUCAAAGUCACGGUCCCGCUCCAAGUCGCGGUCCCGGUCCCGUUCUAAGUCAAGCUCGGUAUCGCGCAAGUCCCGGUCGCGCAGCUCGUCGCACUCGCGCGGCGGCUCGCGGGCCGGCUCGCGGGCCGGGUCGGGCGCCGGGUCUCGCGCCGGCUCGGCCGCGCGCGCCAGCCGCUCUCCGAGCGCGUCUCCCACAAAGCGUCGCAAGUCCCCCAGUAAGUCGCCGGCGCGAUCAAGAACUGCUUCACCGCGAAAAUCCAAGUCCAAGUCUCGCAGCAAAUCUCGCAGCAAGUCUCGCAGCAGGUCGCGCUCGCCAGACAAGAUGGAAGUGGACGGCGACGCCGCCGGCGAACCCACAGAGACCCGUGCCAGUCGAUCACGGUCGAGAUCGGCCUCGCGCCGAUCCAAAUCAAAGUCACGAUCACAUUCUCCCGCACAAGAGCGAAAAAGUAGAAGUCGGUCUAGAUCGGGAUCGCGCGCACGCAAGUCAGCGUCGCGGUCGCGCUCGCGAUCCGGCUCGCGAUCCAAAUCCAGAUCUCGCUCGCGUUCUCGCUCGAGGUCGCGCUCGGGAUCUCGUUCCAAAUCCCGGUCUCGCUCCAAGUCCAAAUCCCGGUCACGGUCCCGCUCCAAGUCCAAAUCGCGUUCCCGGUCGCGCUCCAAGUCGGGGUCGCGCUCUCGUUCCGGCUCCAGGUCGCGCUCGGGCUCGCCGGCGCGCAAGAAGCGCCGCGCCGUGCGCCUGCCGUCCGACGAGGACGCGCCGCCCGCCCCCGCCGCGCCCGCCGCGCCCGACUCCUCCGACGACGAGCUGGCGCCCGACUCCAAGUCCGCCGACAUGGCGGCCGGCAUGUCGGACUUCGAGCUCAUGCUGGCGCGCAAGCGCGAGGAGCGCCGCGGCCGCCGCCGCCGCCGCGACAUCGACAUCAUCAACGACAACGACGACCUCAUCGCGCACCUGCUGCAGCAGAUGCGCCAGGCGGCCGAGGAGGACCGCGACCUCAACAAGCGCAACCAGCCCGCCGUGCGCAAGGUGUCCAUGCUCAAGGCCGCCAUGUCGCAGCUCAUCAAGAAAGACCUGCAGCUCGCCUUCCUCGAGCACAACGUACUCAACGUGCUCUGCGACUGGCUGGCGCCCAUGCCCAACCGCGCGCUGCCCUGUCUGCUCAUCCGCGAGAGCAUCCUCAAGCUGCUCAUGGACUUCCCGUCCAUCGACAAGUCGCUGCUGAAGCAGUCUGGCAUCGGCAAGGCUGUCAUGUACCUGUACAAGCACCCCAAGGAGACCAAGGCCAACCGCGAGCGAGCCGGUCGCCUCAUCUCCGAGUGGGCGCGGCCCAUCUUCAACCUCUCCACUGACUUCAAAGCCAUGACGCGCGAGGAGCGGCAGGCGCGCGACGAGGCCAUGGCGGGCCGCCGCGACGCGCCCGGGCCCUCCAAGCGGCCGCGCGAAGCCGACCCCGACCGCGCGGCGCGGCCGGGCGAGCCGGGCUGGGUGGCGCGCGCGCGCGUGCCGCUGCCGUCCAACAAGGACUACGUGUUCCGCCCCAAGUCCACCUGCGAGCUCGACAUGUCGCGGACGACGAAGAAGAAGAUGACGCGCUACGAGAAGCAGAUGAAGCGCUUCAUGGACCAGAAGCGCAUGAAGAGCGGCUCGCGACGCGCCGUCGAGAUCUCCAUCGAGGGACGCAAGAUGGCGCUGUGAUCACUUAUAAUGAACUGAAUAAAUUAUGUGACGAUA